AUGGUGUCUUUCCUUGGCCAAGCACGCCUGGCCGUGCCAAUCCUGUCAGCUUUUGCGUGCAUGCUUGCGGCAAGUUCCGCCAUCCCCCCACCACCGCGUGGAGCUCUUUCACCCGAACGUCUACAAUGGAUUAGAGAGGUGAUCGGCAAUCAGACUGAGAACGACAGCGUUUCGGACCUUGCUAAGCGGAGCACUAUCCUGCAUACCAGCCAAGACGGAGUUGACAGCGCCGGAUUCUACUACUCAGUAUACAAUGACAACGGGGCCGAUGUUGGAUACACCGAAUACCCCACGACCGGCCAGUUCGAACUUGGCUGGAGUGCUGAGGCGGAAUUCCUCGCUGGAAAGGGCUUCAAGGGCGGCAACCCACGCUCCUUGACCUGGGACGGUUAUUUCACCGCCGAAGGGGACUGGACUUUGGCCAUUUAUGGCUGGACCACAAACCCCGUCACCGAGUGGUAUAUUGUGGAGUCGCAUGGAAGUGGAACCCCAGGCAACGGGAACAUCCUCGGCCAGGUUGAUAGUGAUGGCGGCGUCUACGAUGUCUAUAAUCUCCCCUAUAGAAAUGUUCCGGAGAUCUACGGUGUCACCAACUUCGACCAGCACUGGUCGGUGCGUCGCUCCCACCGCUCUACUGGCACCGUCGACGUGAGCGCCCAUUUCCAGCGCUGGAAGGAAUUGGGUCUCACCCCUGGCUCCCCAGUCUUCCAGAUGGUUACCCUGGAAGGCUUUUCCGGCCAGGGGUACCUGGACUUCACCGUUAGUGCAUAG